AAAAAAUCAUAAUUAAUCGCAUAAUCUUAUUAUAUAAUAUCCUAAUCUGAAAACAUUAAAAUUAUAACCGUUUUGAAAAAUCAGUAGUGCAACGUAUGUACAUAAUAUUUAUCAGUUCAUGUGCGAUUGAAAUUUCUUCAAUAAGUUUUUUAAAGCAAUAUACACAAGAUGUUUGACACCUAGGCGAAAGAAAAUUUAAGAAAUGAUUUUAUAAUGAGAUAAAAAUAAAGACUAACAAAAUUGCGAUUAAGAAUUCGUUUAUUAUAAAUGUUUAAAUAUUCAGAAAAAUUUUGUAUAUUGUUAAUUUUUGUCUUGUUUUAUCUAAAAUCACUUCUUAAAUUUUUUUCACUUGCUAAAUACGUUGUGCGUGCGCGUGUAUGUUACGUAUGUGUGCGCGCGCGCAUGAUGCUUAUGUGAGAGUAUGUGAGUAUGAACCGAGGGAAAUGCGAUAAGGUACUCGGCGGUUAUCGGUGUACAAUAUUAAUUUAUAAUUUUUUUGCCUGUUUUCCUACCAGCACAUUGAUGAAAGUCAACUUAUCUUUACAACCUGUAUGAUUAUAUAACACAUCCUCAGUUUCUGAUGCAAUAGCAAAGUUAUUCGUCUAUUACUAUUCAUUUGCACGUAUUAUCGAUGCAUACAAUAUUAUCGUGAGAUCAUCAAACGUUAAGUAAAAUGAUACGUAGGAGCGCAUGUCAAAUAGCUAGCUCGAUUCAUUCGAAUCCUCGCGCAGAGGUGCACGACGUUCCAAUGAAUGUGAUUAUCAGACCUUUCCCUCCCGUGGUGAAUGAGGAAAAGGUUCAGAGUUUAAUGAGUGCGUUGAAAAAUGUCGAGACUGAGCACACGGUACCACCCAUCGACAUUUUGUGGAUAAAAGGAAUUGAAGGUGGUGACUAUUAUUACUCUUUUGGUGGCUGUCAUCGUUAUAUUGCUCAUCAGCGGUUAGGUAAAAUGUUUAUUAAAGCCAAAAUAAUCCAAUCAACCAUAACAGAUUUACGAUGUUAUCUCGGAAAUUCUACUCCAGAUUUGAAGUGAUUUAAGCACAUUAUUUGUGCAUAAAUAUAAACUGCACGUUUGUUUUAUAUGUAUAACUGAAUUAAAUUACUUAUGUAUGAAAAAAGCACACAUAUAAUAAUAUUUUUAUUAUUACAUUUGUGGUGAUUGUGAUUUGUAAGAGUUACAUGUCUUCUGUUUGCGCCAAAGACUUGGAUUCAAAUCUAUUCAGAACAUACAAGAUUUUUAAUCGAUUAUCUCUCAGAAGGCAAACCAUUGAGCAGACAUAUAACUCUUAUUUCAAAAUUAUAUAUAAAUAAAGUUAAAUUGAUUUUUAUAAUAACAUUGCUUCUUAUUCAAAGUAUAUUUAAUGUAUUAAAUGUAUUUUAUAAAUAAUUUUAUAACAAAUAUAAAAAAAAAUUAAUAAAAUCUUGAAUAAAACCAUCUUUUUAUGCUAGCUAAGUGUAUGAUAUUAAUUUGCUAUUAUUUGCUAUGAUCAGUAUUUAAUAUAGAAGAUGUGGAUUUUAAUAAUUAAACUUAAAGCAGAGAAAAUUUACUAUAUUUAAAUAGCACUACUUGUACGAAAGCAGAUUAAAAUAAACCUUGAAAUAGUU